AUGAAGCAAAACACUCGAUAUGCUUCUCCUCAAAUGACCGGAACAACCUCCUUGGGGAUUCUUGCAACUACUAGUACGGUUACUUCUCUACAACAACAACAACAACAACAGGAAGCAACAACUUUGACAUCGGAAAGCAUUUUACCAGCUAAUCUGAAUGAAAAUCAUGGCUUUGUAGCUCAAGAGGAAGAAGGAAUGGUUUAUGGAUAUUUGAGAGGAACUAAUGAGAGUCACUAUGUAUUGGAUAAAAAGAGGAUGAUCAUUGGAAAGAAUGCAGAGACUUGUGAUAUCGUUCUGCCGAAUAGUAAAACGAUAUCUGGAGAACAUGCAAAAAUUGAAUUUAGGAAGGCAUCUAACAAUUCUUAUCUAUGUAUUUUAACUGAUCUUCAGUCACAAAAUGGAACGCUUGUAAAUGACAAAAGAUUGUACCUAGAUGUCACCAUGAAGCAAUUAAAUAGCGGCGAUAAACUCAGAUUCGGAUUUGAUAAUAUUACCUACACCAUAGAGUUGCUUUAUGAUCCAGAACCAAAGAAUCGAGAAUCGAUAGAUGAGAGGGGAUUUAUUGGCGUUAAUUUAAAUCCAGAUUUUAAACCAGGGAAAAGCAAAAUACGAAGGAGCAAAUCGUUUGAUAAACUUCCAAUGUCCAAAAAACCAGCUGCAAAAGUUUCAAAACAAUUUAAGGAAAAGUUGGAGUCCCAACAACAAGAAUUCAAAAGUUUACUGGAACAACGAAGAACUCAAAAGAAAAGCAAAAACGACCCUUCUACGAUUACAUUCCAAACUGCAUCUGGAUCAAAAACUGUACCCCUCUCGGAACUUGAAAGUGACGAAGAAGAUGCGAUAUUAUCAGAGACACCAAAUGAAGAUUCCAACGAAGAUAUACAACUAGUGACAGAAAAAAGUAACCUUCACAAAACGAAUGGAAACAAUAGAGAGAACUCUCUGGACAAAAUCUCUGAGAGACUUGUAAAUAUCGAAAAAACAAUCAUGCAGGAUCAAAAAAAGGAAGAGAAAGAUCUCUACCAUAUGAACGUACUUGUAAAUACUGUACAUUUACUGGCACAUAAGCUUUUAAACGAACAACAACACCUUGGUUCUCAACAAACUUCAGAAAAAUUACUCGAUCAUGAAAAAUCAAUGAAUUUGAAAGAAAUUAUGAUCGAAAAGCUCACAGACAUCAAAAAAACCUUAAUGUCUUGUUUGGCACAAAAUGAAAAAAAGGCAGGAGAAACAGAGAAGAAAAUUCUUGAACAAGAAUCUCUAAGAACACAAGGUUUAGAACGAUACGUAACAGAGCUACAAAAUGAGCUUGACAACAUAAGGUUCGAGCUAGAACGGAAAAAUCUUCUAAUUGAGGAGUUGAAACGACAAACACAAGAUCGAAAAAAAGACCAAGACACAAUCAAAACGUUACGAGAUUUUCUUGAUAUGAAAGAUAAGGACAUGAAAGAAAUACAAGCACAAUUAACGUCACAUUCUCUUGUUGGAUAUACAAGUGAGGCUGCAAAAUCAAGAAUGCAAAAUUUAAUUGCAAAUUUAAUGAAAGAUUUGGAGGAGAGUAAGAGAAAAAAUCAUGAAUACCAAAUUCGGCUCGAUAAGAGAUUAUUUGAAUGGCAGCAAUUGAAAGAAGAGAAUAAGAAAUUAAGUUUUAGAGUUUCUGAACUGCAAGAGACUAUUCACAGACAAAUGAACGAUUUACAUGUGGUCUUGAUGCAUAAGGAACAAAAAAUCAAUGCAUGGAAAUCUAAGGUAGCGGAACUUGCCUCAGAUAACAACGAAAUGAGAUACAGGGCUGCUAGUUUCUUACUUUCAUUAAUUAGUGAAGGAGACAGAAAAGAUACGGAGCUCAUGUUAAAAUAUGAAGAGGUCAAACGGAGCUUAAGCUUCACGCAAAUGGAAAACAAUGAAUUGCGAAUGGAAAUUAACAAUUUGAAAGACGUUCUCCAAUACACUGACACUCACAGUACCAAACAUACCAUUGAUAUGUUAAAAGACAAAAUUUAUCAAAUGGAAAUCGAAUGCUCUGUGGAAAGAGUGAUUGAAAUGCAAAACACCAUAGAGGUGUUAAAUUCGAAAAUAUCAGAAAUGGAACGACUACAACUUCUCUAUCAGCAAGAAAUUUCAAAAACGAGACAAAAGCAGAGGCCAUUCAACGAAGAAGCAUGUGUUUCUUCGUUGGAAAGGAAAUUGCAACUCUAUGAGAGGAAGAUCGAAUCAUUAAGGAAACAGUUGGAUGAAAAAUCAAUCUCGGAUCAUGUGAGUAAGAAUGAUUUUUUAUAUUCAUCUGAAACUCUUCCCACCAAGAGUCAAAGAAGGACCUCUGUGGAACAAGCACCAAAGGAGCAACUAGUGAGAGUGGAACCAACUGAUAUUGCGGGUAACAUGUCAAACAAUCAUCGAUCAGGAUCAACAAAAGCAUCUUCACCACGAGAAGAGAAACAAAACGAACCAAAUGCCAAAGCUCUUGCUGUGACAGACAUUUCUGAAAUGAAACCAAUACCCCCAGAAGUCGAGCAAGUCAAAAACGAGUCCAUUAUUCUUGACCAAUGA